AUGAAACCCUCGGCAAUCUGGUAUGUGUUCCUGCUGGCGGCCGGCGUCUGGUCGAUGGCGAGCACUUCGAUAGACCACUGGCCUUUGGUCCUCGACUACAAGUGCGCCCAUUGUCCAGUCGGAAAGACCGUGUCUGUCAGCAGACCAGUCGGCUAUCCGGCAUUGCUCAUGUGCAACACCGCCUUGCUGGACGACAAAAAGUGCCACCCAACCACUGGUGUACAACAAGAAGUGCCCACAUCGAAAGCUCUACGCGGUGACCCGCGAGGGGGAGGGAAUUAG